ACUCAACGCUUUCCACUAACUCAUAUUACCUCCAAACUUCAUAAAACACAUUCAACCAUCUCACAAGCGCUUACUGAUACCUAACUAGCCAGAGAGAGGGUUAAAUCAAACGAAGGAUUCAAGCAAUGGCAUCGAUGACCAUGACAGCAACAUUCCUCCCAGCCGUCGCUAAGCUUCCGUCAGCCACUUCCGGACGAAGGAUGUCCGUGGUCAGAGCCUCAAAGACCGAGAACACAACCAGCUUAGAAGUCAAAGCCAAAGAGGAACAGAGCACCACCACAAUGAGGAGGGAUCUCAUGUUCACUGCUGCAGCUGCGGCCGUUUGUGCCUUGGCUAAAGCAGCCAUGGCGGACGAGGAGGAGCCCAAGCGUGGGACAGAAGCGGCUAAGAAGAAAUACGCUCAGGUCUGCGUCACAAUGCCUACCGCCAAGAUCUGCCGCUACUGAUUCAACCAUCCACCUUUCUUCUCUCUAUCUCUUUCUGUUGUUCGGUAAAUUUUCUCAAAUUUGGUAUGUAAUCAUAUAUUUGAUCAAAAUCUUAUAAUCUUCAACUA